CCUUAUGAGAGGAGCAGGUCCUCUCUCGAUCUUGACCAUGACAAGAGGAGGGGACCGCUGUCGCCUGACAGCCUCGCCAAGUUAAUGUACAUCCACUGGAAUCUUCAGCUGCUGGACAUUAAGAAGAAAGAAGAGUACGGGAAGCUUGGCAAGGUACUUGGACAUGUGGGCUACAUUCUUCGACGAUGUGGAGGCACCAACGCCGAAUGAUCCUGCGGCGUUGCCCAAGUCUGCAACUCCAGCAGACUUGAGUGACGAUGAAGUGGCCCGACAGGCAAAGACCCCCCGAGCUAGAGUCCUGAAGCCUCGUGUCGUCGAUGGAUUAAGCUCCUCGACCGGCACUGAUAAUGGGGAGGACCUUAUUUGGAGAAGCAAAGGCAAGAACAAAAAGGUUGUUGAAGUUGUUGAUGGCGGCAAAGGCAAGGCGCAGAUGGGUGUGGACGACAAGGAAGAGGAUAUUGAGGAGAGCAAGGAAGAUGACAAAAACUUUACGUUGCAGUCGCCAAAGGCCAGCAACGGUAACGAACUGGAUGACGACCUCACGCGUAACGUGGAGCGGGGUGAUCUUGAUAGUGACCUGGAGUUCUUGCGGCCUCGGGGGAUGGACUUCAACGCAUGCGUUGAAGUGGACAUGGACUUCGAUGACGACGCUAACAGGGCGAGGGCGCAGUCCCGUGCUCAUCGUGAUCGCGCCCUCAUGGAACAACGGAUUCGAGGGUUGUCCCCCCUCCGAGGAGGAUGGGCGGAUGUCUACCAGCGGAGGGGGUUCAGCAACAGCCACAUAUGGAAGGCACGCAACAGCAACAACAAGAGGAAAAAGUUCAGCAACAGCAGCAGCGAGAGGAAGGACUGCAGGAGCAACGAUAAGAGGAAGGCCUGCAUCAGCAGAUUUAAGGGCGAGUGGAUAUGUUGCGGGAACAGCAGCAUCAGCCACAGCACGACGGAAGGGCGAGCGGAUGUGUUGCGGCAACAGCGGCAUCAGCCACAGCACGACGACUGCAGCAGCAGUAGGAGCAGCAGCAAAAGGAUGGGCAGCAACAGCAGCAACAACAACAACACGAAGGACUAGAGCAGCAACAGCAACAAGAA